AUGAACGAAAAUGAAGACGACGUUACAACUUUUUGUGAUUCGGCAUCGUCGCUGGUGGAAGGAUGUCGCCUGCCAGUUCGGAUGCAGGGAGGUGAUGAUUGGCCCCUCGCAGAAAUUAUAAGCAUUAAAGAAGUGCGAGGACAAAGAGGAUAUUAUGUACAUUAUGUAGAUUUUAAUAAGCGUCUAGAUGAAUGGGUGGGAGAAUCAUGGCUCGACACAAGGAAGGUUCAGUUUCCCCGAGGCGAUGGCACGUCAACCGCGGGCACGACAACACCGAAGAAAACUCACAUAGGAUCGGGAGGUGGCGUUAUGCCUAAUUUUAUUAAUGACACAGUCUGCAAUGAAAAUCAGAAGUCUGUUAGCAAUAGAGAGAAUGUCAACUAUCAAACACCACCUAAAAUGCCUGAAAAAGUUCAAAAUUCACUCAAUGGUUCCACACAAAAACCACCCACUGCCACCGUACCAGUAGGUACAUUUCAAGGUUUGCCAGUUGAACCUCGUCAGUUAGUUUCAAGACCUGCGAGUCCAACCCUAGGUAAUGAAUCUUCUUCCUUGGUCAAUGGUGGUGCAGUAUUAGCAGCGGCUCUACAGAAGAAAAUGAAUAGGAAACGGAAAGCAAAUUCAUUGGAUAAUGAUUCUGAACCAGCAGAAGACAAUGAGGUAGUAAGUGGUACCGCUACCCCCACCACUCGGCCGCGAACAUCCGGUAGUAUGGUGGCCCAUGGACAUGACGACCUCGUCACACGCAUGAAGAACAUCGAAAUGAUAGAACUUGGAAAACAUAGAAUACGGCCGUGGUACUUUGCACCUUAUCCACAGGAAAUGGUUAACCUAGUUUGUAUAUACAUUUGUGAAUUUUGUCUCAAAUACAGAAAAAGUAAAAAGUGCCUAGAAAGACAUUUAAUAAAAUGCAAACUAAAACACCCUCCAGGCAAUGAAAUAUAUAGGAAAGGCAGUAUAUCUUUCUUUGAAAUAGAUGGCAGGAAGAAUAAGUGCUAUGCGCAAAACCUGUGUUUGUUAGCAAAAUUGUUUUUAGACCACAAGACACUGUAUUAUGAUACGGACCCGUUUUUAUUUUAUGUUAUGACAGAAUUUGAUUCAAGAGGAUUUCACAUAGUAGGAUAUUUUUCUAAAGAAAAAGAAAGCACAGAAGACUACAAUGUAGCGUGCAUAUUGACAUUACCUCCGUACCAAAGAAAGGGUUAUGGUACAUUACUUAUAGAAUUUAGUUACGAAUUGUCGAAAUUCGAAGGGAAAACGGGUUCGCCCGAGAAACCUUUAUCAGAUUUAGGAUUAUUAUCAUACAGAAGUUACUGGGCUCAAACUAUACUGGACAUCCUUAUAAGUAUUAAACCCGUGGGUGACAGUGAGAAACCUAUCAUUACUAUUAAUGAAAUAUGUGAAUUGACGAGUAUAAAGAAAGAAGACGUCAUAAGUACAUUACAGAAUUUAAACCUCAUCAAUUAUUACAAGGGACAGUAUAUUAUAUCAGUUAACCAGGAAACAAUACAACAACACGAGAAAGCUAUGGAGAAGAAAUUAUUAAGGAUAGAUCCAAAAUGUCUUCACUGGACUCCGAAAGAUUGGUCAAAACGAGCGAAAUGCGUUUGA